UAAAAGCAGUUAGAGCAUCACUUGACUCCUACAAGGACGUCUGGGGCAGUAUGAAUUCUCGGAUCAUUUUCGUAUCUAUGAUAUUCCUAGGCCUCAGUCUAUCCUUUGUUUCCGCUGGUCACCAGAAGAGAAAGACGGAUAAAGGAAGUAAAAUAUCUGCUUUCCUGCGUAAAUUAAUUAGGAUAAUUACAGAACACUAUUCACACAAACGGACUUUUUCAAGGUCCAAAGAAAUGCCGAUAUAUUCAGAAGAAAAAAACGGAGAAGAUGACGAGGACAUAUUUGAUACAUUUUGUUCAUUAUGUGAUGAGAUUCAAGAUCCAGAUGACCGUCAAGACUGUAUUGCCACCAACUGUGCAGAAAGAUGAAUGAUUCUAUGACAGUUUUAAAUGUAAUUACACUUAUUACAGUUUGAAAAAUAAAACCAUUUUCAUGCAAUCCCCGAAAAAUGAUGAAAAAGCUUUGUUUAGACAUGUGAUUGGUAAUCGAAUUUUUAACAAGUAAAUCAAAUAUGAGUAAAA